AUGGAUCUUGUUAUGGAUCUUCAUCCAGUGAUAAAGUUGGAUCUUAUACAGAAAUUGAUUCCGUCGAAGCUACAGAAUUUUGUCUCUUGUGAAAUCGAGGAAGGGGAUUCUUAUGUGUAUGACGAAGAUGAAGGCUGCUAUGUGAAUGGCGUUGAAGGGCCUGAUUAUGAAUUUGAUGAGAUUGACUUAUAUCAACAACUGGAUUAUAAAUUUGACGAUUUAUAUCUGCCUCCAGGUGUGGAGGCUAGUGUACCAUUGGUGCAGAAAGCUGUAACUGAUGACGGGCCUGACAAUUUUAAGUCAAUAUCCUGUUGGAAAGGUAAAAUCUUAUGCAUAUUGCUUUACUUGGCACCUUCUUUUCCAACCGGACAUUUAUUUCUUUGUUUAACUUCACUUCAGACAGGGAAAGAGUGGACAAAAAGAAUUCAGCAUGAUUGGAAACUCCUGGAGAACAAUUUACCAGCGUCCAUAUAUGUUCGUGUUUCGGAAAAUCGAAUGGACCUUCUCAGGGCUGUGAUCAUUGGGCCUCAGGGAACACCCUACCACGAUGGCCUUUUCUUCUUUGAUGCUCAAUUCACUGUUAGUUAUCCAGCGACUCCUCCAGUGGUAUACUAUCAUUCUGGAGGACUUCGGCUUAAUCCAAAUCUGUAUGAUUGUGGAACAGUCUGCCUUAGCCUCCUGGGAACCUGGCAUGGUAAUGGCUGUGAGAACUGGAACUCAGCUCACUCAAGCAUGCUACAAGUGCUGAUAUCCAUUCAAGGUCUCAUAUUGAAUGAAAAGCCAUACUUCAAUGAGCCAGGAUACGAGACCGAAGUCAACGAUGCUAAUGGACAGAGUAGGUCCUUGGAGUAUAAUGAUACAGCAUUUCAGUACUCGUGCAGAACAAUGUUGUACUCACUUCGUAGGCCUCCACAGGUAACAUACUGCAUAAUUGUCAAGCUCUUGCAGUACACGAGUGCCCAUGGCUGCGAAGAUUCGUCCAAAAUAUAACUUGCUGCAUGUUGAUGUUGUUAGAAAGGAAGGAUAGAGAACAGAAGAUCUACUUUUCAAUGCUAACUGUAGCAGAAGUUCACGUUUUCAACUUUUAACUGCAAGAUCAAAUUAUUCAAACCAUCCGAUUGUUGCCCUUGGGUGGUUCCACAAAUGGACGCCACAUGUCUGACAUGUCACAGCCAGGAACAAAGAAACACCAAAUUUUUUUUUGCCAGAAAUGGAAGAAAUUGUUUUGGUAGAAAAGGAUCAGUAAACAGAACUUGCGACAUGGCAGUGAUGUGUUGCACAUGUGGCAUCAUCCGUCUCUACAGUUUGAG